AUGGCAACCGAGGCGCUCGUGACCGUCCCUAGCGACGUCGCCAAGCCCGAGACGGCGUCGAAGAGGGAGGAUGACGCGACGGAAAAGAAAUGGCGCGAGACGGCGGAAAUUUUUGAGUACGGGAGCGCGGCUAACCCGGACAUGAGACCCAUCCCGGUUCUGGUCCACCCAGCGGAUCUGCACGAGAGCGGCGAGACUCGAGUGAUUCCGUUCGAUAUCAACGAUUUCUUAGACAUCACGGAGUCAUGCACGUCACCGAACCUGAUGGCGUCCUUCGUGCGCAUCGUGAAGGGUGAGUCAAUCGAGACGAGCGCGAAGGCGACGUCCCAGGCGUUUUACGUCAUUCGCGGCUCGGGCGAGAGCGAGAGCGAGCACGGGAAGAUUUCGUGGUCCACGGGAGACAUGUUCGUGCUACCGGUGACGAAGGGUGGCGUGACGCACGCGUGUAUUGAUGCGGAGGCGAAAGGCGGGGCGGCGCUGUAUUGGGUGCAUGAUGAGCCGCUCAUGCAAUACCUUGGCGUGAGCCCCGCGGACGAGAAGAAGUUUGAACCGACGCUGUACCGCAGAGAGCAAAUGCUGGAGCGGGUCGAGGAAAUUAAGCACGACAGUGGUGCGAGCAACAACCGAUGCGGUGUAUUGCUCGGCAACUCGGCGUGCUCUCAGACGAAGACGCUGACUCACGUCCUGUGGUCGCUCUUGAACUCCAUCCCAGCAAAGACCGUGCAACGACCGCAUCGUCACAACUCUGUCGCACUCGACCUUGCAGUCGCCGCGAAGCCCGGCGUUUACACCCUCAUGGGUAAGGAAAUAGAUAGCCAAGGCUUUAUUAUCGAUCCCAUUCGAUGCGAUUGGAUCGAGGGCGGCGUCUUCGUCACUCCUCCGGGCUGGUGGCACUCGCACCACAAUGAGAGCGACGAUGUUGCGUGGGUUUUGCCGAUGCAAGAUGCUGGCUUGUACACGCACCAGCGCACCUUGGACAUUCGAUUCGUUGACGACGAAUUGGAACUUCACGCUGCGGGUCGGAUUAGAGGAAGCGCGUUCGCGGUGACGAACAAGCAGUACAUUGAACUCGCCGAGUUUGGCGGAUCCGUUCCGGCUCCGAAGAGUGACAACACGAUAAAGCGCGUGCUCAGCGUAGAGUGCAUGACCUCCCAACUGGGUGAGAGCAAGCGGGCCAAGGCGACGCAAGUCGGUGCCUCCAUCUGCUCUCAGCCCGAGCCCGAAGCGUGA